AUGUUGGAGCCUGGGUGUUUGUGCACUCUUUAUUGCCAAGCGGUUGGCAGAUUUGUUUGGGUUAAUAUUCAACAUCCUUGCUUGUUUAACCAUUGUGAGACUACCCUUUAUGAUGAUGCAGUUCUACCACAUGGACUCAAUGGUGGAAUGGCGGUGUGUAGGUUUUGUCCAUUUUUGUUCUUUCUGGUGGACAUACCAUUUAUUCUCAUGUUAUUGCUUAUGAUCUUGUUUACCGGGGGGUUAAUUCUCAUCCCACUCAUCAAUGAAAUCAAGGCAAAGAUGAACUUAAAAGAUUUCACAAGUGAAGGGGCAGGAAUUUAUGGUGUGAGAGCAUUUGAGCUUCAUUUAAUCAUUGGAAAGAAUUUCUUUCGUCUCAUCUGUGACAUCUUGUGUGUUCCUCUGGCCAUUGUUUGUUUCUUCUCGUGGAGAUGUUGCAUUUUUGUGAAAAAACUGCGAAUGAAGAACUACAAGUGGAGAGACUUUGGAUGGAGAAAAAUUUGCAUCAUACAAUUUUUACAACUCUUGGUUGAUAUUCCUUGUAUUUUGAUUGGCCUGCUUGUUAUGAUGACAUGGCGUGCCCCAUUUUUAGUCAGGAAUGUGAACGAGUGCCGAAAAAAUGAUAAAAAAUGGAAUCAGUGGAGAUUUGAAGUUUUUCCCGAAUUUGUUUUCUUUUUUGUUGACUUUUUUUGCCUGCUGCUUUUUGUUUUAACCAUAAUAACAUGGAGACUGCCCUUCUUGGUGCACAAGCUUUAUCAUACAGAGAAAAAACAGUGGAAAGUCCGAAAAGUUAUUGUUGAACAAUUUCUGUUGAUAUUUGUGGAUAUUCCGUGUAUUCUAUGUGCCAUUAUUGUGUUCAUCACCUUAUGGAGAGUUCCCAACUUCCUCAGAAACUGGGAAAGCGACCAAUGGGAAAUCAGGAAAAACUGUGUUUGCCAGAUGGGAAUGCUGUUUAUUGACUUUGUCUGCAUUCUGUUGUGUUUGGUUGUCAUGGUAACCUCGUGGAGGUUAUACCCCUUAAUUUGUGAUGUCAAGAAGUACUAUUCAAGACCCCAGGAGGAACGAUCCUGGAAGAUUCGAAAGUCCAUUUGUAAGAAUGUUGCAUUUUUGCUUAUAGACAUACCAGCUAUAUUUCUCUGUCUUGUCAUAUUUGUUACAAUUUUGCGAUUUCCCAAGCUACUGUCUAAGCUUAUCCAAUCUGGGAAUUUCUUCUUGGAGUUUGCCAUUACAGUUUACUUUGAGGCUGCCAUGUUGGUAGUGGACAUUUUCUUCGUCCUACUGUUUGUGGCUCUGAUGUGCGUCAGGCCCAUCCAAAGCUGGGUGCAUCUGCUGGAAGACGAAGAACAUAAAAAGAACCGCCUUCUGAGGCACUACAUGCAGUGGGUCCCUGAUAUUCUGGAGAAGCGCUUCCAGAAUCGGAGAGAGCUAGAAGGCAUCUUUUCAACUUGUUUAAAAAAUCGAUCAUCGGGGGCAGAGCUCUGGAAUAAUCUUCACACUGUCAAUAGAGAUUAUUUGGAGGAAUUAGAGUGGAUUCGAAACAAAGUGAGAAAAUACGAACUCGAUGGAGAAUUCGGCCACUUGAUUGAUAUGAUCAAAUGGUGGGAGGAGAAACGAGUGAACAAGCUGCUGCGCUUGUACAGAUGUGAAAGGAAUUUUUUACUCCACCCCAAUCUCUCCACCCAUAACAACAACUUGGCAAAAUUUAGAAACGAGAUGCUUCGAUAUGAGAGUCACGUAACCGAGCAAUAUCGCACUGUUGAAAAGUACACCAUUCCUAAAGUACCGCUGUGGGGUGAGGAAUGCGGGCUCAAGACGCGCUCGCGUGAAGAGACUCAACAAACUCUGAUCAAAUGUCUCCCCAGUGGACGAUUCGUCCUCUUGGUGCUUACACUGCUGAAUGUAGCUCUGAUAUACCGCGGCCCUGCCUUGUUGAGAAACCUCUGCCGGCGCUGGUAUGACCGGAGGAACAUAGUGUUCAGCUCUUGUAAAGAGUAUUUUUACGAUCUGUUGACUGUUUGCAGAAUCGUGUUGGUCCUGAUGUUCUUGUAUCGAGCGCCCUUCUUGAUCACCGACAUCACUAUAGACAUUGUUUUCAAACACAGUUGGCGCGCAGUUCGUGAGACGGUCAAAAGAUAUCCAGCCAUGAUCUUAGAAGACCUUGUUCAGCUGGUUAGUUUUUUUUUCAGCUGGGAGAGUGUCCGCUUUGUCUUCACUGCUCUUCUCUUUGGUCUCCUGAUGCCGGCGGAUUUAUUUUUGACCAUUACGAAAUUUUUGAUUUCAAAGGACUGCGCCUAUUUCGUCACCGCUGUCUUGUACGUGAUUUUCGUGGCCUUUCCGUUUCUCAUACCGUUUUACAUCAGCCAGAGAAUAGACUCUGACAAGUUGACAGUCGUAAUCGGCGCAUUUGCUGUGAUUUUGUUGAUGGUUUUGGUGAUAAUGGUCAUUAUUUUGCUUAAGUAUAGAAAUCCACCCAACAGGCACGUACAUAGCCAAGCAGACGCGCUCGUAAUCGAACCAACGCCUUACGACUACGUACGAUUCAACUGGACAAACAUUCACGUGAUCGUAUUUGAAAUCGUGGAGCUACUACAACUGUUAGCGUUAGUGUUCGUGGUAAGUGAUCUUCCAAUGCCUGGUGCAGGUAUUCUCAACACUGCUUCCCAAUAUCUGCUAUUGAACUUCGCUUCUUUUAAUGUGAAGCUCUGGUUAACCUUUUUUAUAUUCGUGGUAUGGUUUUUCUGCUGCGGCGCGCCCGUGAUCUUGGAAAACGUUCUGGAGCAUCUACCUAAGGGAUCAUGCGCAAAACACAUGGGAUGGACUUUGUUCCUGUCUCUUUUCGCUAACACCUUAUUUGUAACGGUAGUGGAGAGUUUCCUUACGUUUGUAGCCUGCAAGACCAACGAUUGCCCCGAGCUUAACGCAACUGUAAACGCGAACACUUCAAGUGGAAGUUACUGCUUGCCCGUUGUUCUGAUCGAAGAACCUAGCAUGGAAUGCUGGGAAGGAAGUCACAAGGCCAUCGCCUUCUUAGGCCUGCUGGGAUUGGUUUGGUACUCGUCCACUGCCAUCGUUUUCGGGACCAAAUAUGGCGAUGUAGAACACCCAGGCCAGGAUUUAAAAUUUUCCCCCGCUUACAACAUCUUCAUUAAUUUCGUUAAAGCGUUAAUGGUGGGUGUGGUCGUUUUAGCUGCGGAGCAUCAUAUGAUUGUGUUGUCGCUUCUACUUGUGGCAAAUUUAGGUGCGAUUAUUUUCACCCUGACAUUCAAGAGGAUUUUCAAGUUUCAAUUGUCAAAUUCUUUUGUGUUGUACAUAUGGCGAGCGGUGACUUUUAUCUGUGCCGCGUGCGCAGCCGGGGCAGCUCUGGUUGCUAAAAUAAGAAACGAUCCCGACUCUCCUCUGCCUCUCGUUAUUUUCCUUGGUGGCUGUCUCUUAGUGGUACUCGUCGCUCUCAUGGUAUCAAUUUUCCUCAGAAAUCGAAGAAGAACUCCCGUUGAAGAGCAGCGCAGAACGUUCCGUCAAAAGUUGUUGUCGUUGGAAGCAAAACUGGUUCAAGAAAACUACAUGAUAAACUCCUGGACUAAAGGCCGCUCUCAAUGGAGAAGACUGGUGAAGAACGUUUACGAAGCGCAGAAGGCUGACCGCUCCGUCUCCCCGUCAGUUUAUUCACACCUCCAAGUACCGGCCCCUCCACUCCCUCCACCUCCCCUAGAGGAAGGACAGAUAGCUGAAGCACAACCAAGUACUUCAGCUCCCCUUCCCCGUCCCCCUGCUUAUGAUGAUCUGUUUCCUAACAUCAUGGGGCCAUAUGGAGUUCCUCCUGUCCCCCCACCCCCAUAUACUGAAGCAGUAACUGACGAUGUGGUUAUAGACGAGGGGAUAGAUGAUCCGAUUCCCCCACCCCUACCCCCAGUGACUAAAGAUGAGCCCACAGAUGGGAGUCAGUCUUCCUCAGAUAACUCAGUCGUUAUUACGUUAAAAGACGCGGCCCUAAACUCAGAAGCUGAAAGAAGGCAAUUCAUCGGUUCCGCCAUGCCUGCCCCACCUUAUUACAUGGAUGACCAUAUGGUAAGAGAGAUUUUUAUUUUGUAGAAGUCACAAUUCAUUACAUAAAAAUUAGCCUCAAUUCGCCGUAUUAUUGUCCGCGAACAUCUUUUUUGAUAAGCGAGCAUUUCCCAAGAGGUGGGCUCGAACCGGGUGAACUGUUAGGUUUGAGGACCUGAAAAUGAACAGAUGUUAUGUCUAGCGAAAAAUAAACAAGCAUAUUAUUACUUCAAGCUAAAGUUAUUAUGUUUAUUAACCAUUAUGUAUUUCUUGAAACGAGAGGGAAAAUGUGUUGUCUUUGAAAACGUUUUGCUCUGGUAAGGUUUUAUGAUCAAAGGUACUACAGGAAACGUUAAGAGAACAGUGAGGGGAAUAAAAAUAUUAGUUAGUAUGUAGAGGGUUAAAUCACGUGUUUGUCUCCAACGCAUUUCUCAGGGAGUCUCGUGGAAAAACGUUCCGUGAGAAUAGAUUUUGGUUGCAGACCUUUUAUGUGUUGCAAAAUUUUGCUCGGCGAUGUACGAACGUUAAACUGGUGCUUCUUCGCGUGCCACGACUAUUUUUCAAGGGCUUGCGCUCCUCAAUGCAACUUUUUACAUGAAUUUGACAAACAGUUAACGAAGACCCACUGAUUAUAAGUAAUAACCGAAAAAAGUUCUUGUUUCUCUAGGACACUCGAUAUACGCAGCGUCAAGAUACUGAUGACUGGAAGCUUUGGGAUAUUACCAGUAUGGAGUGCAAUGGCACGAAUCUGCUGCUCGUGCUGGAGGGGUACAUCCACUACUCUGCAUUCUCCUUUUCGUUCGUUCUUCAGCUUCCUCUGUGGCGUUCUGCCGUCAGAGAAUGUAACUGGACUGGCUUGCUGCACUGCCUGACGGUCUUGGAGGGUAGCCUCACUGGAAAGUUUAACACUCCUACGAGAGUCGAUAUAUCGCAGGCUAACUUGAAUGUCCCCAUAUUUGAGCUUCAGCCAGAUAUUUAUACAGAAGAACCGCCAUUUUACGAACCUGAACCGCGAGAUCCCGAAGUAAUCCGCGCGCAGUCCGACGGUGAACGAACACACGCGCUUGCUGAUGUGAAAAAUGUCGGCGAAUUUGGUGAACAGUGGGCCGAGCUUCUCGACAAACUUCUACCUACAAAACCGAUUAUUAGAAAGUGGGUUUGGAUUGAAGAGGAAGGGGUUUUCCAUGUUCACCUGCGAAGGCCUAUUCAAGGGACCAUAACGGAAGUGGGCCCUAAUGGAGUAAAGAUGGCGAGGGGAGCCUCGAUUUCGCUGCCCAAACAUAUCCAAGGCAAAUUGUCAGAUACUCAAAUUACAUUUGAUAAGGGAUACGAGCCAAAGGGGAAGAAAGGACCCGUCUCCGUUGCCGUCAGUGAGCUGGGACUUAAAAAAGUUGAGGAGAAACUGUACCUGACAGCUCAAGGAAAGAAACUGAGGUACGACAAAGCUUUGGACAGUAUGAAGACUCUCACAUGGAAAUAAACUGUGUAAUUUGCCAUAAAAUUUCAAGCUCCGGUGGCGUGACGAAUGUUUGAAACUAUAAGCGUCACGCGAGUCACGUCAAAUGAUCCGUGUGUUCGUGACUUAUCUGCGACUGUCACGCAAGCAAAGAAUUUCGCCUUCAAAGGAACUUGGAGUAAUUUUUUCCUUUCAAUGAAAUGAAUAAUCCGAUAUCACGUUCCGCGGAUAAGCUUAGCUAUUCGUAUCACUCACUUCCAGGAUAAUGUAGUAAAAUCGCGAGGCGAAAGUUAAUGUCAGCUCUUUAACUUUAACCCUUCCACUCUUAGAUCACAUUAGAAAUUCUCUUUACUUUCUGCCAUAAAAUUCUUAUGAUGUUAGUUCGGAAAAUUUGGUAUUGGAUCGGCUAGUAAUCCCCCAAACUAAUGUGUUUCUUGAUUCUCACCUCAAGUAGUCGAAAUAUUUUCAUAGCUCGCUUGUGCAGUUUUUUCUUUCCUUUGUUUUGUUUUGUUUUGUUUUGCUUUUUUUUUAGUGGCGGGAACGCAAAAUUUAGUAUAACCAGCAAAGUUAACAAGUAGAGACAUUUGUGCUGGAAGGAAAAAUGGACCAAAUGUGGUAGUCCGUUCUCACUCUUGCUUAUUUUAUCAUUUAUAAUGGUAUUUUUUCUUAGUAAUUAUGUAAUAAAAUAUUCAGUAAUUUCGGAUUCAUAAAUUAGGCCAAAUUAGAUUUUGAAGACUGGCCCGCCUAGAUGAGCACUUGCUAUCUGCCUCUAGACUAG